UCUCCGGGUGCGUGCACGGGGCCUGCUGCUUCCGGCUGGGGGGGAGGGGGUCGGUGCAGAGUCAGCUGGGGAGGAGGAGGAGGAGGAGGGGGCGGGAGGAAGAGCGCGAGCCGGAGCCGGAGCAGGAACCACGAGCGAGCCGGCCCCGGGAGCCCCUGCACCGCGCCCCCGCCGCCGCCAUGGGCAACAUCUUCGGGAACCUGCUGAAAAGCCUGAUUGGCAAGAAGGAGAUGCGCAUCCUGAUGGUGGGGCUGGACGCGGCCGGGAAGACCACCAUCCUCUACAAGCUGAAACUGGGCGAGAUCGUCACCACCAUCCCCACCAUCGGGUUCAACGUGGAGACUGUCGAGUACAAGAACAUCAGCUUCACCGUGUGGGACGUGGGCGGCCAGGACAAGAUCCGGCCCCUGUGGCGGCACUACUUCCAGAACACCCAGGGGCUGAUCUUCGUGGUGGACAGCAAUGACCGGGAGCGGGUGAACGAGGCGCGCGAGGAGCUGAUGCGGAUGCUGGCCGAGGACGAGCUGCGGGAUGCCGUGCUCCUCGUCUUCGCCAACAAGCAGGACCUGCCCAACGCCAUGAACGCGGCGGAGAUCACGGACAAGCUGGGCCUGCAUUCCCUGCGUCACCGCAACUGGUACAUCCAGGCCACGUGCGCCACCAGCGGUGACGGGCUCUACGAAGGCCUGGACUGGCUGGCCAACCAGCUGAAGAACAAGAAGUGAGCGAGAGUCGCCCGCCCCCCGCACCGCGAGGGGCCGGGCGGAGCCGCCCUUCUGCCCACCCCCUCUCAGGCUGGCAGGACCCGUCGGUUCUCCCCCCUCCCCCUCUCGUUGGGUUUUGCUUUCUUUCCGGCACCGGUUGCUGUGGGUUUGAUUUGGGGUCUCGGUUCUGGUCCCCCCCUCCCCCGGGGUUUGCACGGAUCUCGGUGUGUGUGCGCGUGUGAUGAAUAUAUCGAUAUAUAAAUAUUUAUGGGGGGCGGGGGACAUCUGCUUCCGUGCUGGGGCAGCCCCCUGCCGCCGGGGCGGGGGGCACCGACUGCCCCGCGUGUAGCAGUGGCCUUUCUUUUGUGUUGUUUUUAUGUUGUUCUUGGUGCCCUGUGACGUGACACGGAGGUAAAUUCCUCAAGGCAGCUUUAAGCUUCUGUGUAGGGGGGGCUACUGGUCUGUGCUGGGGAGGAGGGGACACUGCAGGGGGAGGGGGCAGCUAGGGGAGUGGUUUCUGGGUCUCAUCCCAUUCCAUCUUUCAUCGGGGGGGGGGGGAAGAGGGGAGUUGGUAUCACUUGCUAGGGCAGCGCCCCCUGCUGGCAACGUGGCCCUUUCCCCAGUCCCCCCCGCACCACACUGUACAGGCACAAGGUGGGGCUGGCAGAGCUGGUGGGGGACCAGCCAGUGCAGUCUCUGUGCAAGGGAGGUGAACGUUGCCGAGGGGGGCGCAGGGGGGCUGUGGAUUCAGUGGCAGAAUCGGGACCAUGGUGGAAAUUGCCCCUCCAGCCUCACCCCGCCCCCUCCUCCCAGGUUUCAGACGCUGCCGGACCCAGCGUUCCCGUGCGCUUCCCUGUGUCUCCACUGGGGCGGCACCCACAGCUGCUAAAUAACUCCCCCGAGGUCGCCCCAGAGCAAGGGCCCCAGGUUCACCCCCCCACACACCAAAUCAUGUCACUUCAAGAGGGAGGAUUCCUCCCCCUGCAGCAGCCCCCCCAUGUUCCCCAGCNCCCCGCGU